GCCCUUGAAAAUUUGAAAAAUCGCACCCCCCCCCCUUUUUUUUUACACGUUUCUUCCUCAGGGGUGGGACCACAGUCACUGAUUUACAUUGACAACUGUCUGUAUUUGUGUGCUCACAAAGGUCAUUCCUAGGUCACUUUAGUUUGCUAUGUAAAAGAAUUCUGAUUUCUGUAUAUAAAGCAUAUAUGUAAUAGUCUACUCGCAGAAAUUUAAUCCAAACAUAAAUUAGAUUACUAAAAUAUCAAAAUACUGUACUUUCAACAUCAUUUUCAAGAGGCCUAGCCUUAUAUAAUAAUACCCCCUUGUGAAAGAGAAGACUAUACAUAGACUAUAUAGUUGAGUCUCACUGUUUGCUAAAGAUAUCUGCAUAUAGUGUAUAGUGCUUUACAGAGAGGUCACGACAUGUUGCAGUGAGCAGCGCUGUAUUAUGUAUAGCUAUGAAGUUCUUUAUAAAUGUAGCUCUAUUUCUGAACCGAGGGUAUUGAUGAACGUCUGUCUGGGUUUAUGUCUCCAUGUUCUGUUGUAUGUAUAGCUGAACAUGACGGAUUGGAAGGAAACUGGACUAAGGUAUGCUGCUGCAGGUACUUCUUGCAUGUGUGCCUCUUGCUGUACCAACCCGAUUGAGGUGACAAAGGUACGCAUCCAGUUAGAAGGUGAGCUGAUACAACAGUCUGCAGUUACAGCAUACAGACAGCGAUACUAUAAAGGACUCCUCAGGGGCUUGGUAACGGUUGCUAGGGAUGAAGGCAUCAGAGGACUUUAUAAGGGACUCAUCCCUUCAUUGAUUCGAGAAGCUAUUUAUAGCACAUUACGUUUUGGUUCUUAUGAGCCUAUCAAGAAACUGUAUGGAGCCAAGGAUCCAACUAGAACUCCCCUCAGUAUAAAGCUUGCUGCUGGUGCUACAGCAGGUGCCCUUGGUAGCUGGUUUGCCAACCCUAUGGACAUCGUCAGGAUUAGACUCCAGGGAGAUGGACAACCACUGCCAGGACAGCAGCCAAGGUACAGGGGCUUCCUGCAUGCUUUCACUGAUAUAGCUAAAGCUGAAGGUCUGAGAGGGCUGUACAGGGGAACCGUCCCCACAGUGCAGAGGGCCAUGAUUCUUACUGCUGCUCAGGUACCCACCUAUGAUCACACAAAGCACUCUAUACUGAACCAUGGCUGGAUGACAGAAGGGGCAAAGCUGCAUUUUGUUUCAUCAAUGGGGGCAGGCUUCACCACAGCAUUCGCUACCUCACCAGUAGAUGUGAUUAAAACAAGAAUUAUGAAUCAGAAAAUCAAAGGUAUUCCGAAGGACCAGAUACUGUAUCGAGGUUCCCUAGACUGUCUUCUUAAGACACUACGAAGCGAGGGUUUGUAUGGUCUCUAUAAAGGCUUCUUCUCAAACUGGCUCAGACUAGGACCUCAUACAUGUAUAUCACUCUUGAUCUUUGAGCAGCUCAGACGUCGUGCUGGAAUACAGCCACUCUGAAGAACUCUGUUAUGCCUGCUAGGCAGAAGUAGAUCCAGGAUUUUCCAAAUGGGGGGAGGGAGGGCAAA